GCGAUAAGAGGGAGCUCUCGGCACGAGGCGGUCACGCGAGGGUGGAGAACAAGGAUAGGAGAGAGUGCGAAGGGGAUUCGAUUCGAGCUUAGAGAGGAACGCGAUUGCGAAGGCGAAGCCUCCGAGAGGAUUUGCUCCGAAGGUCGAUGGCGCGGAUCGUCCCCGUGAUCGCCUCGUCCUCUUCAGUUGCUUUUUCUCGUAACCUUCAUCUGGGUCUCUGCUCCGCCUCUCCUCGACCACCCUCUCCUUUACUCGGCCUCGGCUUCGCCAUACAUCAGCAUUGUUUAUCUGGAAUCAGAACUUCUAGAUUGAUAAAGAGAGGAACUUGUAUAAAGGCCUCUUCUCCUGGUAACAUGGCACAACCAAUCACCACUAUUGGUAAAGAAGAGGCUUUAGAGUGGGUGAAAAAGGAUAACAGGAGAUUGCUUCAUGUUGUUUACCGUGUUGGCGAUUUGGAAAGGACAAUAAAAUUCUACACAGAAUGCUUGGGAAUGAAGUUGCUGCGGAAGCGUGACAUUCCUGAGGAAAAAUAUACCAAUGCAUUUUUAGGAUAUGGUCCUGAAGACUCACACUUUGUUGUUGAGCUAACUUAUAAUUAUGGAGUCGACAAGUAUGAUAUUGGUACUGCUUUUGGGCACUUUGGUAUUGCUGUUGAAGAUGUAGCUAAGACAGUGGAUCUUAUAAAAGCCAAAGGAGGAAAAGUCACCAGGGAACCUGGGCCUGUAAAAGGUGGAAAAAGUGUCAUUGCCUUUAUUGAAGAUCCCGACGGUUACAAAUUUGAGCUAAUUGAAAGGGGCCCAACACCUGAGCCCUUGUGCCAAGUAAUGCUUCGUGUUGGAGAUCUUGAACGUUCAAUAGAGUUCUAUGAGAAGGCAUUUGGAAUGGAGCUUCUCCGCAAACGAGAUAAUCCUGAGUACAAAUACACCAUAGCAAUGAUGGGAUAUGGCCCUGAAGACAAGAAUGCUGUGCUGGAACUAACUUACAAUUAUGGGGUUAAGGAAUAUGAACAAGGGAAUGCCUAUGCACAGAUUGCAAUUGGCACAGAUGAUGUCUAUAAAACAGCUGAUGCUAUAAAACUACACGGAGGAGGAAGGAUCACCCGCGAGCCAGGUCCUUUGCCCGGUAUCAAUACCAAGAUUACUGCCUGUCUGGAUCCAGAUGGAUGGAAAAGUGUCUUCGUUGACAAUAUAGACUUCGCCAAAGAACUGGAGUAAUCACUGACCAUUGUGUGCGUCACAAGGUGCAUAAUUUUCCUUAAGGGAGGCAACGUUUAACCUUGCAAAUCAUGUAAAACACCUCCCUCUAUCGUUUUCAUCAUGUACAUAGUGGUUUUGUCUACCAUGGAAGCAAGCAAAACAUUUAGUUCACUCUGCGGUGUAGAUUUGAGAUUCUAGUUUGUCUUUAAAAGCAAUACAAAGCCAGACUUAUCGUCAUUAUUUCAUUA